GGCAGCGUGCUCAGAGUGCUGCUGUCGAGUGUCGACCGGACCGGCCGUCAGCCGUCAGUCGAAAUGAAGAUGGCCGCCGAGGUGAGGUGGCUGCUCGUUUUCCUCCUGUCGUGCGGCGUGUCGUCGUGCCGCGGCGAGGCGCCGCAUCGGAAAUUCGAGUACAAGUACUCGUUCAAGCCACCCUAUCUCGCGCAGAAGGACGGCAGCGUACCGUUCUGGGAGUACGGCGGAAAUGCUAUUGCUAGUUCAGAAAAUGUCAGAGUAGCACCGUCACUUAGAAGUCAAAAAGGUGCAAUAUGGGUGAAGCAACCAACAACUUUCGAAUGGUGGGAGGUUGAAAUAGUAUUCCGAAUAAGUGGACGUGGAAGGAUAGGAGCAGAUGGUUUGGCAUUCUGGUACACGAGCGAGAAGGGGCACUACAACGGCACAGUUUUUGGCAGCUCGGACCUCUGGAAUGGUCUUGGAGUCUUCUUUGACUCAUUUGACAAUGACAAUAAGCACAACAAUCCAUAUAUCAUGGCGAUCGUUAACGAUGGCACCAAGAUCUUUGAUCAUAUGAACGAUGGCUCUACGCAGCAAUUGGCAGGCUGUUUGCGAGAUUUCCGCAACAAACCCUUCGCCACGCGAGCACGGAUAGAGUAUUAUAUGAAUUCGUUAACUCUGCUAUUCCAUAACGGUAUGACGAACAACGAGCAAGAUUAUGAUAUCUGCUUCCGAGUUGACAAUGUCAUCUUACCGAAACAGGGAUACUUUGGAAUUUCUGCCACUACUGGUGGCCUGGCCGACGAUCACGACGUGUUAUAUUUCCUUACCACUUCUUUAUAUCCUCCUGGACAGCUACCGGUGGAUGGGAAUAAAGUUUCUAUAGAGGAACAAGCCAAACUUCAGCAGGAAUACUUAGACUACCAAAAGAAAUUGGAUGAACAAAAAGAGGAAUAUCGCAAAGAGCAUCCGGAUAUGCAGAAGAUGGAAAAUUUCGAAGAAUUCUACGAGACGGAAAAUCAAAGAGAAUUACGACAGAUAUUCACCGGACAGAGCCAGAUGUUUAACGCCUUGCGCGAUCUUCACAAGAAAUUAGAUGAGGUUAUUGGAAGGCAAGAGAGAACGUUGAGUUUAAUAGCUCAAGUUGGACAAGGGGGUGUACAAGUUGCGGGCCAGCCGGGACAGCAGCCUGUGCUGAUCGAUACUAUACGUCGGCAGGAAGUUGACGCUGUGCUGAGUAAUCAAAAUAUCAUAUUGAAUACAGCUAGGGAAAUUAAAUCCUUCAUGGGAGAAGUUCAUUCCAAGACUGAAUCUAUUCUUAACAAUCAAGCGCGCGCUCCGACAGCACAGGUGCAGCCAAUGGGAUACGAUUAUCAGUCGUUUAUGACUGAGAUGCGGGACGGGCUUAACACGUUGAAGAAGGAUGUUAAAACUACGGGAAGCGCAGAUUGCCCUAACUGUCUAACGACUACCGUGUUUUUACUGUUCAUCGCUGUACAGAUGAUAAUAUUAUUGGUGUACAGUCUUUAUCGGGACAAUAAGGAAGCACAGAUGAAGAAGCUCUACUAGUGUACACAUCGUCCACAUCGGCGAAUUUACAAUGCAAAUUUGCAUUACAAUUAAAUAUUUUUAUUACUCGUUAAUCCGCGAAGAAUAUGCGUGUCUCUCGACGUGUGUGUCGACAUAAUGUAAAUCUUGCAUCUGCUAGAUCGAUGCGAAAAUUGUACAGCAUCCUGUGUCGGAUAUUAUCUCACGAGGACACGAGGACAUCUCGCGGCGACGUGCCGUCGUGUUUUAAAUAUCUCCACAUUUGUAUGUCCAAAUUGGAAGCCAUCUCCAUAUUACGGUGCAAUGUGCGUUUAACGCUGUGCAAUCUAUAUUACAAAUACUGAUAAGAACGCGCGCAUGGGGUUUGGAGGGAUGAUUUCAGUUGAAGAUUACUUACGGUUUAUAGUGUUAACCUUGGAAGUUAUUAAAGAUGUCUCACGAUUUUUUUUUCUUGUCGUUAUAUAAUAUAUAAUAUAUAGUUUUUUUUUUACUCGUCAAUCGUCGCAAAACAUAUUUAUCGUUACGCACACACACACAUCGUUUUUCGUGGACUUUUCAUUUUUGUAAUCUGUAUUAUUGUACAUCCGCUGUAUUAUUGCAUAUCUUCGUUGCAACAGUAACGCAGCUGUAAAUCUUUGUACGAUAUUUUUUUGUAUCACGCAUUUAGUACAUGAAUAUACGAUUAUUUUAUUUCUUAAGAAACUGUCACUUUUUUUCGUCUUCACGCAUGAUGAUGAUGAGGUCGUCGGCAUUCCACUUUGAACUUCGGAGCAAGGAGAGAUAAAUUAUCACAGCGCAUCUGGUGCGCGCGUUAUGUAAUAACAACAAUUUUGAAUGUCGGCACCCGGCUAUUGGUGGCUGUCAAGAGACUACUGUACUGUGGCGAGAAAUGCGUUUCGUGUGUUAAAAUCUGUCGUGUGUGUUAAAUAUGAAUGUGUACAAUGAGACUGCGUUUUCGAAUGCCGUGAUAAAAGAACCCUGAGUAAUGUAUGUACGUGUGUAAGGUGCAUGAGUAGACUUACGAUAUAGCGUAAGACAGGUUUCGAAAUAGAAUCUCGCAAGUUCGUUAUUCCCGGCAUCAUUGCAUUUGUAAAAGUUUAUUGACUACUGUAGCCGUAUGAGGAAAUAUAUCUGACAGAGAGGAUGGAAAACGAGGAAAAAA